AUGUCCAUGUUGAAAACCGGGCAAACGCUCAAUCUUUUGGUUCGGAGAAGAUUUAUAUCUAUCAGCAGUUUAACAGUAGCCCGAUAUUACUCAGCAUGUACACUUCGUGAUUACCAACAGGAAUGUAUUGAUAAAUGCAUAUCGUCAAUUAGCCAAGGCAAACGUAGAAUAGGUGUUUCUAUAGCGACUGGAGGGGGCAAGACGGUUAUUUUCUCUAAUUUGAUAGAACAACUGCGACGAGUUUCGGGCAAACACGCCUACAAAACCCUGAUUCUUGUACAUAGGCGAGAACUUGCACUCCAGGCAUGCAACACGUUGAAAAGGUCAUUCCCACAUCUCAACGUCCAAGUUGAAAUGGGCAAGUACAAGUGUAAUCCACAGGUUUGUGAUGUUAUCAUUGCAUCCGUUCAGUCCUUGAUAAGACGACUGCCCCAGUACGAUCGGAAGAUGAUGGAUCUGAUUAUCAUCGAUGAGGCUCAUCAUGCGGCCGCCAAUUCAUACGUUGAGAUUUUAAAGCAUUUUGGGGCCGAUCAUAAGGAAAGUACUACACCUGUGGUAGGAUUCAGUGCAACAUUCGAAAGAGCUGACAAUAAGGCAUUGUCGAGAGUAAUGGAUGAAAUAGUUUUCCAUAGGGGUAUUCUCGAAAUGAUCGAUGACAAAUGGCUUUGCGAGGGUAAAUUCACUACAAUCGACGUUAAAGUCGACUUAUCAGAUGUUGCAGUUGUUGGGGCGGACUUCAACCUUGACCGGCUCUCCGGCGUUAUGAACACGGAAGAAGUGAAUAGAAUUGUCCUUCAAACUUACCUACAGAAAAAGCGAGACCACAACCUGAAAUCUACUUUACUUUUUGGCUGUGAUGUUCGUCAUGUAACUUCUUUGUUUGAGCUGUUUCAAGGCCAUGGAAUUAAUGCGCAAAUCGUGACUGCUAAAACUCGACAAAAUGAAAGAGACGCCAUUGUUCAGGAUUUCAAAGAGGGAAAAAUCGAGGUUUUAAUGAAUUGUGGUAUUUUCACAGAAGGCACAGACUUACCUAAUAUUGAUUGCAUUCUUCUUUGUAGACCUACCAAAUCCAGAUCUCUCCUUGUCCAGAUGAUCGGAAGGGGUUUGAGGCUACAUCACGGUAAGGAUUACUGCCAUAUCAUCGAUUUUGUCGGUGUAUCCAAUGUUGGUGUCGUUUCCGUUCCGACUUUAGCAGGAGUCAACUCUGAUGGUGUUACUUUAGAUGAGGCCACAUUAAAAGAUCUUGAACAAAUAAAACUAUCCAUUAUUCAAAAGCAACAGGAAUAUGAGAAUUCAAUAAAGGCCGAAAAAGAUAGAGAAAAAUUACUCCACAAGCAGUUUCAACAGAUGCUUGAAAAUGCAAAUACCUUUGAUUUGACUUUGACUACAUAUAAUGACUUCAAGUCGUUUUGUGAACAAAUUGAUUCCAAUCACGACGACGUGUCUAUAGAUGCACUGAGUGAUCCAGCUAAAGAGGCCAAGUUGAUUAAAGAUUCUGUGUAUCCUUGGGUUAAAUUUGCUAAAGAUGCUUGGGCCAUGCCGCUGGAUUCAGGGCACCAUCUUAGACUCUACAAGGAAAAGUGCUUAGAUCAGACUUCUCACAAUUAUGUCUUGAAACUAUACACUGAAAUACCGUACAAAUGCAGAGAGCAAAGUGGUAUACGAUUUAUACCGAGCAAAGUGAAAUCCAGUACGAAUUUAGUUCAAGUUGUUGGAUCUUUGAAUGCCCUCGUGGAAGAACUAUCAAAAAGGGUAAAUAAUUCAUUUGUCGCAUCAAACGUCCCUGGUUCAAAGAACUUCACCAAGUUCGCUAAUUGGAGAUCUACUUCAUCAUCACCUAAGCAAAGACAGCUCAUAAAGAAAAAACUCAAAGAUUAUUAUCUUAAAAGCGAGCAACAACUCAACAAGGGCAGUAAUAUCGUGACCAUUCCUGAUAUUGAUAGUUACGUUAAUAAGAUCACGAAAGGCGAAGCCUCCAACAUACUGUUUGCUCUCAAAUUGGCGCCAGUUUAUCCAUUGAAUUCAAUACUGAAGGUUCUGCGUUAUAGAAAAGAGCAAUUGAGCACUUAG